AUGAAGAUGUUGAACUAUAUGGGAAUAACUCGAUUUGUUCUUAUUGCAAACAUCAAUUCAACGAUCUCUUCGCUUUCUACUGGAAUAUCUACGUAUCCCAAAAAUGUAGUUUUCCAGAUGAACGAUACUGUUCAUAUCUGGAACGACGUAUGGGAAUGUGUGGAGAAAAAGGACAGAAAGAGGGAUACUGCAGCAGUGCUUGUGACAAUGGCUGCACUUUUUACGAUAACUGGAGGUGGAGAUGCAAGGAUACUGGUUAGAUGUGAGUGUCAUUUUAAACAGCCUUCCUGUUUUUACCCUAAAAAUGUCACUUCAACUCUCUCUUCAUCCAUGAUCAAUGGAAAUCGAAUGAAUACAUUGAGUGCAAAAACUCCUGCAAAUAUAGUCAAGAAUUUCGGUAGACCUUGCACUUGUAUGGACUUAAAAUGUGUUCCCAUAGAGGAU